AUGCUGCACCACGAUUCUCCAAGCCUAAUGGAUCAUGAGGAUGAUAAUGGUGCUGGCAAACCUCUACCCAACUUUGUCAAGAAGUUAUGGAUGCUGGUCAACAAGACAAGCAUUGACAUGCUCAUAUGCUGGACGAAUGACGGCACUGGGAUAUGGAUAGCAGAUGCUGGCGAGUUUUCAAAAUCGGUUCUACCGUGUUACUUUAAACAUGGCAACUGGCAGAGCUUUGUGCGGCAAUUGAAUCUGUAUGGAUUCCGAAAGGUGUGCAAUACGUAUACCAGUGGUGGCGUUGCUGAUAAUAGUAGUCAUCAAAGCGAUGGUUGGCACUUUCGGCAUAGUUACUUUCGGAAAGGUGCAGAGCAUCUCUUGCAAUAUGUGAAGAGAAAACGCAGCGGAGGAGGAGGUGUUGGUGGUAGUAGUGGUCAAUUCAAUAUGAAGUUUGUACCCCCUUAUACGGUGCCCAUCGGUUUGGUAUCCUCAUCAUCAUCAUCGGAAUCCAACCCUGUCAUAUCUUCAACCGGGACAAUCGAUCAUGAAGGAAUAAACGUUGAUGAUACAAGGCAAAACUACGCAGCUGCUGUUGCAUCAAACGCCCUCCAAACACGCCUGCAGCUAAUUGAGGACAACUUGCGAGACAUGGAAAGUAGGAACGCACAUGUCUGCAGUAACCUCCUUGAGAUGCAACGCAUACAAACACAUCAAAAUCAGGCUUUGCACAACAUAUUGGCGUUUGUCAAUUCUAUGCCUGAUGCCGCAUCAUCAUCCAAUCAAGCAGACAGGUUGAUGCAUGAAUGCGAGCGAUAUGCAUCACAGCUAUCUAGAACGAAACAAGGUCACAUCAGCGGUUCGACAGGGACUUGCCUUUUCAACCAUAGAUAUCCGUGUGGUACGGCUAAGUAUCCAAAUGAUACCCAAAUCCUUUCCUCCCCCUCUUCAGGCGUCAGGGAUAUCAAAGAAUGCCUUACAACAACAUUACCCUCUAUUGCAACAGCCAUUGCUACUGGUGAACAGGAGACACUAAGACUACCCCCACUAUUCUCCACGAGACGUCAUGUCAACAAUGGGAUCGAAAAUGCAUUUGAAUAA